UUCUUGUGCUAAGUCAGCGGGGGUCCACACCCCUCUUCAACCCAACCCCCUUUCGAUUGCCAUUGCAUGCAAACUUAACCCCUGAUUUGGACUCUUGUCAGCUGUCACUCUCCUGCAGACGAUCCCUAAAAGGCUAAAAGGGACUCCCUUUCUUCACUUUCGCAAUCCCAAUCGCCACCCACUUCACAAUUCUCAGUUUUUUUGUGGUGGAUUUUCAAUUCCAAUCGGCUUGUUUAUUUUAUUAAAGGUGGGAUCUUUUUGUAUUUUCAAUCCCAAUCGGAUUAAAGGUGGGAUCUUUUGUAUUUUCUGGUAUGAAUUGGUGUUGUCUGAUUCGUGGUUGAUGGUUUUGGUAGCUUGAAUUAAUCACUUGCCAGUUUAAAGCGUGGCGUUUUCAUUUUUGGGUCAGAUGCUUUUGUUCGUGUUUUCCAGUUGGAUGUGAUAGCUGACCUUUUUGAUGAGGCUUUUGGUCUUGUUUGAUUUUGGUUACAAGUUUGGAAUCAGAGGGAUAUUAGGGGAGAUUACAAUUGAAAUUACUUGGAUAGAUUAGAUUUAUGGUAUGUGCUUUCUCUGAUUUCAUAUGCUUUAGGCCAAAGGGAGAGAUGCUGAUCAUGUUGCUCUUGAUGUUGUUGCUUUAGUUUUUAGUCGUUUUCUAGUGGUAUUUCUUUCAUCUGGAAAUUGAUGGCUCUAUAAUGCAAAGUGCAAAAUAUUAUGUUUGUGUUUGUUUCUUCAACCAAAUGUCAAGUUAUGGCGUCCAGUUGAUCGGUUGCCUAUGUUAAGUGUGAAAGUGUGCUUAAGCGCUCAAUCAUAACACGCAAAUUACUUUGUCUCUAACUUUUGUUUACUCAAGUUCAGUGACUAGCCAAAUUAUUCAGUAAGGUGGUAUCACAUAAUUCGGAUAUAGGAACAGAUGCUUUUAGAGGCAGGACGGCUCAUAUAAAAAAGAAGAAGCUUUUAUGCUGAUUUGGCUACAGACUGUUUUAGGUUAAUGGGAGCCUCAAAUUCUAGAUUGGAAGAAGACAAGAGUCUGCAGCUAUGCCGGUCGAGAAAGAAAUUCAUCAAACAGGCACUAAACGGCAGAUGUUCUCUUGCAGCUGCUCAUAUAGGAUAUAUCGAGGAACUGAAAAUCGUAGGAUCAGCUUUGAGGAGAUUUGUGGAAUUCGAUUCUCAAUUCGAGAAUUUAGCACAUUCUUCAACGUGUGCAACUCCAGAGCCCCAUUCUUUGAAGUCUGUUUCUCGAUUAUCUUUUUCCUCCCGGUCUUUAUCGCAAAAUGUUGAUGCAAUCGGAAAUCUUUCGCCACCUUCUUCCACCCCUGUUUCGACUCAGUUCCAAUCUCAUCAUAUGAAAUUUAGAGGCUCGUUUUCUACCAAAGUCGAAGAAAAGCCUCCCGUGCCUUUUGCAGUGUCGGUUUCUUCUACAACUCCUCCAACUACCACCCCUCGCUCCACGGAAACACCACAAGCAUCGCCUUUUGAAACUGCUGAAGCAACAGAAAAUUCUCCUUGGGAUUAUUUUGGUCUAUUUCAUCCAAUCGAUCAGCAUUUAUCUACACAAGAGGGCCAUGGAUUUGAUCAGGGUUCAGAGAAUUUAGAUGAGAUAAGGCAUCAAAGGGUAGAGGGAGGGGCUCGCGGAAUAGGUAAUACAGAAGAUAAAUUAUCAUCUGAUGGAAUAGAAGAUUCACAGAUAUCAGAUGAUGAAUUUGAUGAGCCCUCCACUGCUACCCUUGUUCGAAGUUUCAAAAAUGUGAACAGGUCUAUAGAGAAUCUUCUCAAUGAAGAUUCGUCUUCCAUACCUUCUGAAAAUAGAGUAUCAGAAACCAAGUUUUCAGGUGCUGAAAAUGUAAAGGGAACAAGAGAAGCUAUUGUCAAUGGAGUUUCACCACCUAAGCCAUCAGAAAUAUCAGAAAUCAAGUUAACGAAUGGGAAGAACAAUAACAACUCACCUGAUUUGUCCCCUCUACGAGCUCCAUCUUCCAGAUUUGUGCAUUUGGAUGAUGUCAAGAUAACACCAGUGAAACAAACCGAAGUCGAAGAUCAAGUUGUACCAAAGGACUUUCUUUCGAGCAUGAAAACUAUUGAUCAGCUUUUUGCUAAAGCAUCUGAAUCAGGAAAAGAAGUUCCAAAGAUGCUUGAAGCAAAUAAAUUCCAUUUCCGACCAGUUACUCAUGGAAAACAAGGUGGGUCAGCUACCUCAUUAUUAAUGAAAUCUUGUUUUUCCUGUGGGGAUGACCCAAGUCAGGUUCCACAAGAGCCGCCGCAAGAAUCUGUCAAGUACUUGACUUGGCAUCGCACAACAUCAUCUCGGUCCGCUUCAUCUCGGAAUCUUCUUGGUGUGAAUUCCAGUGAUGGUGUUGAAGAUCUUAGUACGAAUCUCUUUGACAACUUCUGUAUGGUCUCUGGAAGCCAUGCAUCAACCUUGGAUAGGCUUUAUGCAUGGGAGAAGAAGCUUUAUGACGAAGUUAAGGCUGGUCAGAUUCUUAAGAGUAAUUUUGAUCAGAAAUGCAGACUUCUUCGACAACAAGAAUCACAAGGAGAGAAUACCGACAAGACGCGAGCUGCAGUCAAAGGACUGCACUCGAGAAUUAGAGUUGCUGUUCAGAGAAUUGAUUCCAUCUCAAAGAAGAUCGAAGAAAUUAGAGAUAGAGAGCUUCAGCCGCAGCUCGAGGAACUAAUAGAGGGAUUAAGGAAGAUGUGGGAGAUGAUGUUGGAAUGCCACAAGCUUCAACUUCAUACGAUAUCGGUAUCUCAAAUGCCCGGGAGCAUGAAAAUCAUUAUACAGUCGGAUUCGCGGAAACAGAUCACCAUCCAUCUCAAGAAUGAACUAAGCUAUCUGUCAUCCAUCUUCACGAAAUGGAUCAACGCACAGAAACUCUACGUGGAAUCCAUCAACAAGUGGCUCUUCAAGUGUGUUUUGCUUCCGCAGAAUACUUCCAAGCGAAACAAAAGGAUGAGACCUCCGCCCAUACAGAACAUGGGGCCGCCAAUAUACAUGAUAUGUGGUGCUUGGUUGGAGAUGUUCGACAAACUCCCUGCUAAAGGAGUCGUCGAUUCUAUCAAGGAUUUGGAGGUGGAAGUAGCGCACUUUCUCCCUCAUCAAGAGAAGAGCCAGGGGAAGGCCGCAACAAGUACUACAAUACUGGGAGACGAAGUCUUGCAAGACCGGACACCUGCUCUGGAUCGUUUCAGGACGAGCUUGACUGGAUUUCUCGGGCAGCUGAACAACUUUGCUGAGUCAUCAGAGCGGAUGUUCUCCGACCUACAAAAGGCAAUCCAGGAAGCUAAGAAUAACUAUGAACAAUUCAAGUCACAACAGUCAUAGUCAUUGAGAAUUUGCAAAUAAUAGGAGAAUGUUUAAAUUGAAAAAAUAAGAAUUUCAUACAUAGAUAUAGAACUACAGGUUCACAGGAGACAUCUGUACAUGUGGUUAUCCAAUAAACUUCAUAGUUUGAAAAGAGAUUUUUCAACCAAAGCUCAACUGGAUUUGGUUAGUUUGGAA